GAGCCACACAACAGAAACGUCUUAACUCUGCUUAGUAUGUGCAGAAGCUGGCAUGCCCUGGCAAAGCUGCGCAUGCAUACCAAUGAGACACUUAACCUCCUUGAUGUUGCAACCGCUACCCUGGGAAAGCAGCUUCGCCAUUUCCAGAAAAUUACCUGCUUGGCUUUCAAGACUCACGAACUGAAGCGGGAAGCAGAGCGUCGCCAGCGCCAGAAGUUAAGGAACCUAGUUGGCAGCAGAGAGGCAGUGGCGACUGAGUCAACGCCUCACACAGUUUGGCGACCAAAGACAUUUAAUCUACAAACCUACAAGCUCCACGCCCUGGGUGAUUAUUCCACUGCUAUACGUAACUUUGGCACGACUGACUCAUACAGCACUGAGCUGGGAGAGCUAGAACACUGCACCUCAAAGGCAAGGUAUCGUUGA